CUCUCUCUGCACGCCCAUCUGUGGCGAACUCGACCCAGCACUAGCUACUCAACCUUACCCUCUGCCUGCACAACUCAGGAGUAGCGACCCUCGCAACAGGAGUCCUUCUCUGCGCCUGAACCCGCAACGACGAUGUUUCUGCUAUACUUCACUUCUCGGAUCGUCAGCUCGGUCGUCGCCUUCCUCUAUCCGGGCUACGCGUCGUACAAGACGCUCUCCCAGCGCCCCGCGUCGGAGGAGGACCUCGAGCGCUGGCUGAUGUACUGGUCUGUCCUCGGCUGCAUCGUCGGCGUCGAAUACGUCGCCGAGUGGCUCGUCUCCUGGAUCCCAUUCUACUUCCCCCUCAAGACGCUCUUCCUCCUCUACCUCGCCCUCCCCCAGACCCGCGGCUCCUCCUACCUCUACCGCGCCCACCUCCACCCCUUCCUCGCAGCACACGAGCCCCAAAUAGACGCCGCCGUCGCCUCCCUCCGCACACGCGUCUACGCCUUCGUGCACGCCCGCGCGCGCGCGCUCUGGGACGCCGUCUCCGCCGCCGCCUCGAGCUCUGCCGCCGCGGACCUGGCGGAUCCUGUGGGAUCGGGAUCGGGGUCGGGCGCGGGCGCGGGGGGCACAGCGGCGCCGCCGCCGUCGCUGGGGGACCCCGUGUCGGGCCCGGUCGCGAUGCUCGGCGGGCUCUGGCGCACGUACGGCCCCGCGAUCGUCGCGACGGGCGCGGCGAUGCUGCGGCAGGGCGCCGCGGCGUCUGCCGGCGACAGCGAGCGCGCGCUCGGCGAGGGGCGCCGCGCAGCGUCGGGGUCUGGAUCGGCGUCUGGGGCUGGCGCGGACGCGGCGGAGCGGGAGAGGAAGCGGCGGCGGCUGGAGGCGGAGCUGGCGGCGCUGGGGGUGGAGGGGUACGAUGUGGGCGGGGAGAGCGCGGUGGCGAGCGCGGAGGGCUCGCCGGUGCGCGUGCGCGGGUUCGAGGCGGAGCUGCGGGAGCGGGGCAGCAGCAGCGGCGGGAGCGCGAGCGGCGCGGCGGCGCGGUUCGAGGAGGUGGAGGUGCCGAGCGACGGGGAGGAGGCGCCCGUGCCCGCGCCCACGCCGGCUGCGCAGAGGCGGGGGAGCUGGUUCGGCUGGGGGCAGGCGCAGGGGCAGGCGUACGAGCGCGUCAAGACCGAUUAGCUCUGAUCAGUCGUCAGUGGCCGCCGCCGUCCGAACUUCGUGUUGCUGCAUCUGUCCUUCCUUCCUUUUUCUUACUUCUGUUUCUUUCGCCACUCUGCUUGUAUAGUAAUCAUUUUUCGUCGGGGGCACGCGCGCGCGCGCUCUUGUUC